AUGUCCGUUGCGGACGAAGUCGAUGGGCUGGGCGUGGUCCGGCCACACUAUGGCUCUGUCUUGGAUAAUGAAAGGCUUACUGCUGAGGAGAUGGAUGAGAGGAGACGUCAGAAUGUGGCAUAUGAGUAUCUUUGUCACCUAGAGGAAGCAAAGAGGUGGAUGGAGGCUUGUCUCAAUGAAGAGUUGCCUCCUACUACAGAACUGGAAGAGGGACUAAGGAAUGGCGUUUACCUUGCCAAACUUGGAAACUUCUUCUCUCCCAAAGUGGUGUCCUUGAAGAAGAUUUAUGAUCGGGAGCAAACCAGAUAUAAGGCAACUGGCCUUCACUUUCGGCAUACUGAUAAUGUGAUUCAGUGGCUGAAUGCAAUGUCUGAGAUUGGACUGCCUAAGAUUUUUUACCCUGAAACCACAGACAUCUAUGAUCGAAAGAACAUGCCACGCUGUAUCUACUGCAUCCAUGCACUCAGCUUGUACCUGUUCAAACUGGGGCUGGCUCCCCAGAUUCAAGACCUGUAUGGCAAGGUUGACUUCACAGAGGAGGAGAUCAACAACAUGAAGAGUGAGCUGGAGAAGUAUGGGAUUCAGAUGCCAGCCUUUAGUAAAAUUGGGGGAAUUCUGGCCAAUGAACUCUCUGUGGAUGAAGCAGCAUUGCAUGCUGCUGUUAUUGCCAUCAAUGAAGCCAUUGAACGGAGAAUUCCUGCUGAUACCUUUGUAGCUUUGAAAAACCCUAAUGCUAUGCUGGUAAAUCUUGAAGAGCCAUUGGCCUCCACUUACCAGGACAUACUUUAUCAGGCCAAGCAUGACAAGAUGGCAAAUGCUAAAAACAGGACUGAAGACUCUGAAAGAGAAAGGGAUGUGUAUGAGGAGCUGUUGACUCAGGCGGAAAUUCAGGGAAAUAUAAAUAAAGUCAAUACAUAUUCUUCAUUAGCCAAUGUGGACCUGGCUUUAGAGCAGGGAGAUCCAUUGGCCUUGUAUCAGGCGUUAUCAUCCCCAGCUCUGGGUCUUCAAGCUCUGCAGCAGGACAACUGUGAUUGGUACUUGAAGCAGCUCCUAAAUGAGAAGCAGCAGAAGAAGCAGAGUGGAGUGAUUGGUCCAUUGCAGAAGGAGGACCUGCAGGCUGGAGUGGAUGCUGCUAACCGUGCAGCCCUUCAGUAUCAGAAAAGGUUGGCAGCAGUGACUUCAAUUAAUUCUGCAAUCCGAAGAGGUGUUGCUGAAAAGACUGUGUCAGAGCUGAUGAAUCCUGAGGCCCAGUUGCCACAGGUGUAUCCUUUUGCUGCUGAACUUUACCAGAGAGAGCUGGCUACCUUACAGCAGCAGAGCCCUGAUCAUAAUCUUACCCAUCCUGAACUCUCAGUUGCAGUUGAGAUGUUGUCAUCAGUGGCUUUAAUCAAUCGGGCUUUGGAAUCAGGAGAUAGAAAUACUGUCUGGAAACAACUGAGCAGCUCAGUUACAGGUCUUACUAAUAUUGAAGAAGAAAAUUCCCAGAGGUACAUUGAUGAACUGAUGAAGUUGAAAGCACAGGCACAUGCUGAGAAUAAUGAGUUCAUCACAUGGAAUGACAUUCAAGCUUCCCUGGAUCUCGUGAAUAUGAUGGUACAAGAGGAAAAUGAACGAAUCUUAGCAAUUGGCUUAAUUAAUGAAGCAUUGGAUGAAGGAGAUGCCAGAAAGACUCUGCAGGCCUUGCAGAUUCCUUCAGUCAAACUCGAGGGGGUACAUGCUCAUGUUGCCCAGCAUUACCAAGAUACACUGAUUCGAGCCAAACGUGAGAAAGCCCAGGAAAUUCAGGACGAAUCAGCUGUGCUAUGGCUGGAUGAAAUUCAAAAUGGGAUCUGGCAGGCAAACAGAGACACAGAAGAGGCACAAAAAUUUGCCUUAGGAGUUUUGGCUAUUAAUGAAGCAGUUGAUUCUGGUGAUGUUGCCCAGACCCUCAGUGCCCUUCGUUCCCCUGAUGUUGGCCUAUAUGGAGUCACCCCUGAAUGUGCUGAAUCUUAUCAGAGAGACCUUGAAGAUAUGAAGAAGAAAAAACUUGCAGCGGGUGACAAUAAUAGCAAGUGGAUGAAGCACUGGGUGAAAGGCGGGUACCAUUAUUACCACCACUUGGAAACCAAAGAAGGUGGAUGGGAUGAGCCCCCAGGGUUUGUGCAAAAUACUACCCAACUCUCUCGGGAGGAGAUCCAGAGUUCCAUCUCUGGGGUGACAGCUGCUUACAACAGGGAACAGUUGUGGCUGGCCAAUGAGAGCCUAAUCACCAAGCUUCAAGCUUCUUGUCGUGGGUACCUAGUUCGUCAGGAUUUCAGGUCCCGGAUGAAUUUUCUCAAGAAGCAAGUCCCUGCUAUCAUUUGCAUUCAGUCUCAGUGGAGGGGGUACAAGCAAAAGAAGGCAUAUCAAGAUCGUUUAGGAUACCUCCACUCUCAUAAAGAUGAAGUUAUAAAGAUUCAGUCCCUGGCAAGAAUGCAUCAAGCUAGAAAGCGCUAUAAAGACAGGUUACAGUAUUUCAGAGACCAUAUCAAAGAAAUAAUAAAAAUCCAGGCCUUUAUUCGGGCAAACAAAGCCCGUGAUGACUACAAAACACUCAUCAAUGCUGAGGAUCCCCCUAUGGUGGUUGUCCGAAAGUUUGUCCAUCUUUUGGAUCAGAAUGACCAGGAUUUUCAAGAGGAACUUGAUCUCAUGAAGAUGAGGGAGGAGGUUGUGACCCUCAUCCGAGCCAAUCAACAAUUGGAAAAUGACCUGAAUCUCAUGGAUAUCAAGAUUGGACUAUUAGUCAAAAAUAAAAUCACAUUACAGGAUGUGGUUUCCCAUAGUAAAAAACUUACCAAGAAGAAUAAAGAGCAGUUGUCAGAUAUGAUGAUGUUGAACAAACACAGGGGAGGUCUUAAGGCUCUGAGCAAAGAGAAGAGAGAGAAAUUGGAAGCUUAUCAGCACCUGUUUUAUCUGUUGCAGACCAACCCCACAUAUCUGGCCAAGCUGAUUUUCCAGAUGCCCCAGAACAAGUCCACAAAGUUCAUGGACUCUGUGAUCUUCACAUUGUACAACUAUGCCUCCAACCAGCGAGAAGAAUACCUGCUGCUACGUCUUUUUAAGACUGCCCUCCAGGAAGAGAUCAAAUCAAAGGUAGAUCAGAUUCAAGAGAUUGUGACUGGAAAUCCUACAGUUAUUAAAAUGGUUGUGAGCUUCAACCGGGGUGCUCGGGGCCAGAAUGCCCUGCGGCAGAUUCUGGCUCCUGUCGUGAAGGAGAUCAUGGAUGACAAAUCCCUCAACAUCAAAACUGAUCCUGUGGAUAUUUACAAGUCUUGGGUUAAUCAGAUGGAGUCUCAAACGGGAGAAGCAAGCAAACUGCCAUAUGAUGUGACUCCUGAGCAGGCACUGUCUCAUGAAGAGGUGAAGACAAGGCUCGACUCUUCCAUUAGGAAUAUGAGGGCGGUGACUGAUAAAUUCCUUUCUGCUAUAGUCGGCUCUGUGGACAAAAUCCCCUAUGGAAUGCGCUUCAUUGCCAAAGUCCUGAAGGAUUCACUGCAUGAGAAAUUCCCGGAUGCUGGUGAGGAUGAGCUCCUAAAGAUUAUUGGUAACCUACUCUACUACCGGUAUAUGAAUCCAGCCAUCGUGGCUCCUGAUGCUUUUGACAUCAUUGACCUCUCAGCAGGAGGCCAGCUCACCACAGACCAACGAAGAAACCUGGGUUCUAUUGCAAAGAUGCUCCAACAUGCAGCCUCCAAUAAGAUGUUUUUGGGAGAUAAUUCUCACCUAAGCAUAAUUAAUGAAUAUCUCUCUCACUCCUACCAGAAAUUCAGACGCUUCUUUCAAGCUGCAUGUGAUGUGCCAGAGCUACAAGAUAAAUUUAAUGUUGAUGAGUAUUCUGAUUUAGUGACUGUCACCAAGCCAGUUAUCUACAUUUCUAUUGGUGAAAUCAUCAAUACCCAUACAUUGCUUUUAGAUCACCAGGAUGCCAUUGCCCCUGAACAUAAUGAUCCCAUCCAUGAGCUACUGGAUGAUCUUGGGGAAGUGCCUACCAUUGAGUCCCUUAUAGGGGAAGGUUCUGGUAAUUUAAAUGACCCAAAUAAGGAGGUGCUGGCUAAGACAGAAGUAUCUCUCACACUGACAAACAAAUUUGAUGUGCCUGGAGAUGAAAAUUCAGAAAUGGAUGCUCGGACUAUCUUGCUUAAUACAAAGCGUUUAAUUGUGGAUGUCAUCCGGUUCCAGCCAGGAGAGACAUUAACUGAGAUCCUUGAAACACCUACCACCAGUGAACAGGAAACAGAACAUCAAAGAGCCAUGCAGAGGCGAGCUAUCCGUGAUGCCAAAACUCCUGACAAGAUGAAAAAAGUCAAAUCUUUUAAGGAAGACAGUAACCUGAGCCUCCAAGAGAAGAAGGAGAAGAUCCAGUCAGGUUUAAAGAAGCUGGUAGAACUGGGGACAGUGAAUCCAAAGAACAGAUACCAGGAAUUGAUUAAUGAUAUUGCCAAGGACAUCCGGAAUCAACGGAGGUAUCGACAGAGGAGAAAAGCUGAACUGGUUAAACUGCAGCAGACCUACAAUGCUUUGAACUCCAAGGCCACAUUUUAUGGCGAGCAAGUGGAUUAUUAUAAAAGUUACAUCAAAACAUGCUUGGAUAACUUGGCCAGCAAGGGCAAAGUGUCUAAAAAGCCAAGAGAGAUGAAAGGAAAGAAAAGUAAAAAGAUCUCCCUGAAAUACACGGCUGCACGACUACAUGAGAAAGGAGUUCUUCUGGAAAUCGAGGACCUGCAAGUGAAUCAAUUUAAAAAUGUGAUAUUUGAAAUCAGCCCAACAGAGGAAGUCGGAGACUUUGAAGUGAAAGCCAAAUUCAUGGGAGUUCAAAUGGAGACUUUCAUGUUACACUAUCAGGAUCUCCUACAGCUGCAAUAUGAAGGGGUUGCUGUCAUGAAACUGUUUGAUAGAGCAAAAGUCAAUGUCAACCUCCUGAUCUUCCUUCUCAAUAAGAAGUUCUACGGGAAGUAGUUGAUGGUUGGUCCUACGUGUAGAGGGCCAGAAGACCAAGGGAAAAAGGAUCCCCCUAUGACUGCCUCGUGAUAUUCUUUGCCCAGUGGAGCCAGAGACCCUCCCAAUGCCAAACUGCAUCUCCUCCCUCUUUGGGACCUUCUAUCACUGCCUUCUCUCAGUGAAUUAAUAACUCAGGCUUCAUCUGACCUUUGGAGUUCCUUCAUUUCCUUCUCUGUCAUUUGAUACCCAAGGAAAAAGAGGAAACUCAAACCCCUAAAAACCAUUUCCCAUAUGCUAUUACAGACUCAGUGGCUACUUGGAUAUAUUUUGAGCAUAGGGUUCUUGCUUUUACUAGAAAUGUGAAUGGUGGGGUUCUUAUUACUUAUGUAGAUGGAUGAUAUUGGCACUAGUUACAAAAAACUUACAGCUUUUUAUGCGUAUGUACACGUGGAGUCUUGCCCAUUUCAGAUUGUACAAGCAGAGACCAGUUAAUGGCUUAGACUAUAAUCAUUAAGAGACUGGACUGAAGCUAAGUUGGAUUUUUUGUCCUCUGAAGAAAACAUAAUGCUAUGGGAAAUGUGUUCACAUUUGAUCUCUGCCAUUGUAAUUCCCUUUGUGUAGUAGCCAGGGGUAGAGGGUAUUCUGCCUAGGGAGCUUUGGGUAAGGGGGGGUGGGGUGGGAAACUGUCUAUGUAUUUCUCUUGUAUUUGGACCACCUGGUCAGUUUUGUUGUCUGGGUUUGAGUAGCUUCCAUUUAUAUAUUUACAUAUAUCUAUAUAUACACACAAGUCCAUUUUUUGGGAAGGAUCCAGUUGAUAAAAUACUUCUGUAUCUAGGAAUGGAUCAAGUUCCUGUUUGGUUUCUUUUUCAGUUUUGGUGCCCACCUAGGCAUAUACAAUUAGGCCAGUUUAGGAAGGCACCCCAACCCAUCACUUAGUGAACGGUUUUAGAUCUAACAUUAAGCAUCCUAACUAGAUUUCUUCAUGAUUUUGGUUUGUUGCUUUAAGGUGCCUUAUUAACAUAGGUAAAUCUAAAUACUUAAGGGAUUUCUUUAUGGUUGCUCACCUGCAGAUAAAUAUAUGUAUAUUUUUUUUAAUUAAUAAAGUAAGGGGUAUAGGAUAUUUUAAAGAUUUAUAUAAUGCUUCAGAAACCUUUAGAGUGCUGUAAGAAAAGUAAUUUUUUAAUAAAAAAAUCAAACAAACCCUAGCCUAUCUGCAUAUCUGAACUCUUGGAAAUUUCUUAUAGCCACAACACUAGAGGACUCAUCUGUAGAACUGCAGAGAGAUAGCCCUGCCUUAAUAGUUCAUCCAAAACCAAAAUAUGCCAGAUCAGUACAUAAUUUACUGUAUUUUAAGCCCUGAUUCUUAUACUGGUUUCUCAUUUGCCUGUUUUUGCAGACUACAUUAUUAUAUUAACUAUGAACUCUGCUUUUAAGGGUCUUUAGUCCUAAAAAUUGACAAAAAAGCAUGGAUGGAUGAGGUCUGUCUGGGAAUAAUAUAUAUGCUUUAAAAAACAAAACAAAACCUGUCUUUAGGAAUAUACUACUAAAAUCAUGCCAUCUUCUAUUGUUUGGUUCUUUAUUCCUUAAGUAUAUUCUUUAAGUAUUCCUUAAGUAUAAAACUGUCUGAAGCCCAGUUUAAGCAGCAUUUUAAAGCACACACAAACCCUUCACUGAAACAUUUUUAUGAAUAUUUUGAAAUUGGCUGAUGUAUUUUUCUAGUGAACCACAUUAAGAAAUAGUCUUUGGUUACUAGUUGGGCAAUAUUCUUGUUGCAGUUGUAAAUACCAGAGAAUUAUUUUUUAGUACCUAUUUAAGUACUUUAAACAUUUCAGGAUAUCCAAGAGGUGAGAGAUUUAGGCAAAGAAAAAUUUAACCAUAGAACUAGAAAAGGGAUAAAUUGUAAUAACUCAUGGGAAUUCUCUGCUGCCAAGAUUUGGGGCUCUCUUAAACUGUUUUGUUUUUUUAAUAAAGGCAUUUUACUCAUUAAACAAGUAAACUAGAGAUUACACAAAUAGUCUCAAAAACUGCAAUCAAAGUUCCCAAUUUUCUUCUAAAAAAAGGCUAUUACUCUCCUUUUGGCCUCACCCUGGGCCUGGAACUGCAAUGAUGAUCCAAUCUAUAAGGGACACUUGGAUUGUUUGUAAAAAUUAUUUGUUCACCUAAUACAAUCUUUGAUGUGAAACAUUAAGCACAAAAUCUUGAGUUAAAGAAUUUAUAGGGAUAAUAUUUAAAACAAUUUUUAAUAUAUUGGAGAAAACUGAUAAAUUUUCAGGUCUUGACAUUGAAACUUUGUAGCUUUUAUUACUGUUUUAUUUAUUAGUAAUAAGGUUCUUCCGGCUCCUUUCUCCCUCUUGGGCCAACUUCUCCUUGCCAGCCAUCAUGACAUUUGUUGCAAAUUUGUUUCCUCCCUGGAAUUUGGGCUGCUUAUUCCAUUUGUUGGCACACAAAAUUGUCUUUUGUAUCUCUCAACCAAAUAAAAGGUCAUUUGUUCA